GCACGAAGGAUAUAUAUACAUACAAGCCUGCGCCGGAUUCGGCUUUCCAGUUGCGAGUGCUGUCAAGUUUCUGGAUGUCCACACAUUGUCACGAGCCAUGAGUGGGGUGCGCGUGCAGCAACGAGUUACAACGGCGAUCUUCACAUCACACCAAAAUACAUGUUUAUUCACCAUGGCGCAUCUGGAUCCAAGGCUGAGUGCACAAAUGUGGUGAAGAACUACCAGAACUAUCACAUGGGCGGACAUGGUUGGGCUGGCAUCGGGUACAGCAUUGUGGUUGAUAAGGACGGCAAUGUUUACGAGGCAAGAGGCUGGAAUGAAAUAGGCGCUCAUACCUACGGAUAUAACUCCGUUGGCCUAGCCAUUUGCGUGAUCGACGAUUUGCGCAUCGCGUACCGAACGACGACGCCUUGAACUCCGUCAAGCAGUUGAUCAAGUGCGCACAUGACAACCUCAAGAUCACCCUUAACUACACGCUGAGGGGCCAGAUGGACGUGGGGCAGACGGCAUGCCCCGAGGACAAGCUGUACAAGCUAAUUAAGACGUGGCCUCACUAUUAAUUCCUGCACACUUGCAAGGACCUAUGGCUGUCUCGCCUACAUAUCAUUUAUUUGACAAUGAAUCCAUAACCUUCUUAUGUUGUUUGGUGAUGAACUGCUACCGCGAUAUAACAAUGAAUCAUAUCUUGACGUUGCUAACGGACUGAUACACAGGUGCCUGAUAUAUUUUUUAUAAUGGAUGCAACAGAUUACACACAUCAUUAAUCUAUUAACCUUUUAUUGUUACCGGUCAUGAACCGGUUAACUGAACAAUCAAAAGUAAAAAAGUGAAUAAAAAUAACGUUUAUCUAAACGUAUCCCAAGUUUGUUACCACAAAGGUACUAAUGUGUUGCUUAAUUACUGUGUUAGUUUACAUGUUAUCAUUAGCCGUCGUUGGUGUAGUAUGUUUUUCCAAAUAGACACAAGCGUUAGUUGGCAGUAUGUCGCGCGCAAAAUUUACAAUCGUACAUUUUUCCAUGGAAAAAGCAUAAUUAAAAAAAAUCAGGUUAACCUUUUUCACAAAAAACUGUUACCGGUUAACUGACCUGUUUUUAUAUCAGGUCAUUUGACCAUUGCAAAG